AUGACGCCUCCAUCGUUUGCUUUGUACGUCUCAUGUCUGCUCUUGGGGAAGAUGGCAGAUACCACAGCUCUUAAAGUAUCAUCAUCUUUACGUUUCGCAUCACUUAGCGUCGGUGAAGACCUGACAUUGGAAUGCUUCUACCAAGAUGAUAGUGUAGCGGUGAUGUUUUACUGGUACAAACAAACUAUGGGACAGACACCACAGCUUGUGUCUAAAUUCUAUAAGCACAACAAAAAUGCAUCUUUGAAUGAUGAAUUUAAAAACGAUCCACGCUUUGAAGUGGAAACUACCACUGGUAGAAAUCACUUAAAGAUCUCAGGCGUGCGGAUUUCAGACUCAGCUACUUAUUACUGUGUAAGUGGCUAUUCAUACGUGUAUGAAUUCACUGGGGGCACUAUAAUCCACGUAGAAGGUUCAGGUUUGAAGGUCCCAGCUACGGUCCACCAGUCAGCGUCUGAGAGCAUCCAGCCAGGAGGCUCUGUGACUCUCAACUGUACAGUACACACUGGGACCUGUGGUGAAGAACACAGUGUUUACUGGUUCAAGAAGUCGGAAGAAUCUCAGCCAGGACUCAUUUACACCCAUGGAGGCAGGACUGAUCAGUGUGAGAGGAAACCCAACACACAAACACACACCUGUGUCUACAAGCUGCCGAUGAAGAGUCUGAAUCUUUCUAAUGCUGGGACCUACUACUGUGCUGUUGCCUCAUGUGGACACAUUCUGUUUGGAGACGGGACCUAUCUGGAGUUUAAAUAUGAUGAAGAAUCUGUUGUCUUGGUGUAUAUCUUGAGUGGAGCUUUGGCAUUCACCACCAUCCUGAGUGUUUCCUUGGUUUACACACUGUACAAGACAAACAGCUGCCGGUGCACAGAGUCCCAAGCUAGAUCCUCCACUGCCUCGGCUCGCGAUACAGAGGUGAACAACCUCCAUUAUGUUGCUUUCAGGGUGAACAAGGCCAACAGAGCAACAAGGCAGCAGACAGACGACACCUUGACUGAAUGUGUGUACUCCAGUGUAAGGCAGUAGAGCUGGAUACGUUUCAUUUGUUCUUUGUGUCUGUGCUACUAAAAGUGAC